GCUCCCGGCUGCGCUUACCUUUGCCCUCCUCCUGCUGCUUUCCUCUAGUCUUGCUGCCCCUGAGGUUGGGAGCCCCAGAGGAGGAGGAGAAGGAGGAGGCUGCCCAGCGUCAUGUCUCACCAAACCGGCAUCCAAGCUAAUGGAGAAGUCAGAGAAACCUUUGCCAGAGCUAGAAAUGGACAAUACAGAUUUUUGAAAAUAGUUAUUGAAAAUGAGCAGCUUAUUGUGGGAUCUGCUAAACAACGUCAUGGAUCCUGGGAAGAGGAUUAUGAUUCCUUUGUUCUCCCACUCCUUGAAGACAAGCAGCCGUGCUAUAUACUCUACAGAUUAGAUUCUCAAAAUGCCCAAGGAUAUGAAUGGAUUUUCAUUGCCUGGUCCCCAGACCAUUCUCCUGUCCGUCAAAAAAUGUUGUAUGCAGCUACCCGAGCAACUCUGAAGAAAGAAUUUGGAGGUGGGCAUAUUAAAGAUGAAGUAUUUGGAACUAACAAGGAUGAUGUUUCAUUGAAUGGUUAUCGAAGAUACUUGGUAACUCAGUCUUCACCUGCCCCUCUCACUGCAGCAGAAGAAGAACUUCGACAGAUCAAGAUUAAUGAGGUACAGACUGAAGUCAGUGUUGACACCAAGCAUCAGACCCUACAAGGAGUAGCAUUUCCUAUAGCUAAUGAAGCCCUCCAGGCAUUGGAGAAACUGAAAAACAAACAGCUGAACUAUGUGCAACUGCAAAUUGAUAUGAAAAAUGAAACUAUCAUCCUGGCUAGUACACUCCCAACUGAGCUGAAAGACUUGGCGAAAAGAAUUCCAAAGGAUUCUGCACGGUACCAUUUUUUCCUCUACAAACAUUCCCACGAAGGAGACCACUUGGAAUCCAUAGUGUUCAUCUAUUCUAUGCCUGGCUAUAUGUGUAGUAUACGAGAGCGGAUGCUGUAUUCUAGCUGCAAGAGUCCCCUCCUAGAAAUUGUGGAAAGAAAGCUAUGGAUGCAGAUCAUCCGAAAGAUUGAAAUAGGUGAUGGAGAUGAGCUAACUGCUGAGUUCCUUUAUGAAGAAGUUCAUCCCAAACAACAUGCACACAAGCAGAGUUUUGCAAAGCCUAAAGGGCCUGCAGGAAAAAGGGGAAUUCGAAGGUUGAUCAGGGGUCCAGCUGAAACUGAAACACCUACUGAUUAAAUGUAGUGUAUCCACAUGACAAAAAAGCAUUGUAAUUGGGGGGUAGGGAAGGAACCACCCAAGCCUUUAAUAAUAGAAAUUAAAGCAUUCCACGUUGAUCUUUUCCAGGAGAAAGAAACUGCAUGACUUUCCACUGCACUUAUCUGGCUAUGCCACUAUAGAUCUUAUUAAGGUCCACAGCCUGUGGUUGUAACACAUUGGUUAAAAGUUAAAAUUACAAGCUUGCAGAAUGUUAGCUCAAAUUUAUUUCAUACCUACAAAAUUAACCACUAUUAUGUGGUUUCUGUAGAAUAUCUAUAUAUGCAGCCAUUUUAAUGGCAAGAUAAAAGGAAAGUCUUAACGAUGUUUUUGAAAAUCUUGAAAUUAACAGCAUUGCCUACUUCUUUUAGACAACUGCUUUGUGAGGAGGGGGAGUCAGGAAUAAGCCUCGCAUCUUUACUGUACUUCCCCUCUCUAAAGUAUUCAUCAAAGGAAUACCUUAUUUGUAGGUCCUGCUUCAUAUCAUGAUCCUAAACAUUUACAUACCAGCAAGCUUCAGGGUGAUCAGUGGGCUAUUGUUCUAAACAAUCAGGACAUGGAAGACUGAAAUCUAAUUUACUUUUUAUGAAUUAGCAAUCAUAGGAGUCUUAAAUUAUGGGAGUCUUAAAUGAGAUUCUGUCAUAGCCAUCUAAGAGCACAUCUUGCUUUUGAUCUCAAAAAAUAACACUAAUAUUUUUUUUUACAAACUACAUCUUACAAUAAAGUACUACUUAAUUAGGAAAAUGCUGCUGAUUAAAAUGAUUCUGUUGAGGACACAAUAGCUAUAAGUACUGGUUUUCCUGUCCAAAAUAUUCUGAUUUAGUUACAUUACAAAAGCUGCUGUGAUGUUAUUGAUUCUUAUAAUGACACUUUUCAGGAGCAAGAAGUUGUUAAGUGUGUCCUGAUGCAUUUCUAGUAUAAAUAAAGAUGUUUACAAUGCAA